AAGAAAAAUUAUAUUUCAGAAAAAUUAAAAACAAAUAAAUCAAAACAGUGGGACAACGACAUAAACGCAUGAAUACCCCAAAUAUGAUACAAAAGUAACAUAUAUGCGAUAUAUCGCUCAUUUUUCAAUUGCAAAUUAUCGACUUGUAAACUCAAAUCGUAUCGAAUUUUUUUGACUGGACGCCACCUGAGAGCCCAAUAUUUGUGGAACCCCAUAUAGCCGUUGCGAUGGAGGCCAAAACCGAUGCUCCCAUCUCCCCGGCGCCCACGCCAAAUCCGUCGACGGAUUCCGCCAAGGAGCAGAACUGCAGCAAUAACGCGCAGACCAACUCGACCGUCGCGCCGGGUGCCGCUUCAUCCGGUGCCACCACCGUUGGCCAAUCCACGAACCCAGUGACCCAGCAGCAGCAACAACAGCCGGCGGCCAAGAAGCCCAGCGGAGAGACCAGCUCCAUGCCCACGCGACAGUACCUCGACCAGACGGUUGCGCCUGUUCUGCUCCACGGACUGCAGGCUCUUGCCCGCGAACGACCCACGGAUCCCAUUCAGUUUCUGGCCUCCUACCUGCUGAAAGCAUAGCAAUGGUUGCGAUGAGAACAAUGUCGCUGCGGUGGACAACAACUCCUAGACCCUUUACCUCCCAUUUUUUUCGCUCCUUAGUUGUGUAAGUGAAACAUAAUAAACGUUUAAAGUUAGAAUGUA